CGUACGGCGGCGGCGGCGGCGGCGGCGGCGGUGGGGCGCGCAGGUGUCCUGUCUGGCUGGGCCCCCCUUGCCUGGUAAGCAUGAAGCUCCUGGCUCUGGUGGCCGUGGUGGGCUAUUUGCUGGUCUCGGCGGCAGAAGCCAACAAGAGCUCUGAAGACAUCCGGUGCAAGUGUAUCUGUCCCCCGUACCGCAACAUCAGCGGCCACAUCUACAACCAGAAUGUGUCCCAGAAGGACUGCAACUGCCUGCACGUGGUGGAGCCCAUGCCCGUGCCCGGCCACGACGUGGAGGCCUACUGCCUGCUGUGCGAGUGUCGCUACGAGGAGCGCAGCACCACCACCAUCAAGGUCAUCAUCGUCAUCUACCUGUCAGUGGUGGGGGCCCUCCUGCUCUACAUGGCCUUCCUGAUGCUGGUGGACCCGCUGAUCCGGAAGCCGGACGCGUACACUGAGCAACUGCACAAUGAGGAGGAGAACGAGGAUGCUCGCAUGGCCGCCUCCGCAGCCGCCCUGGGAGGCCCGCGGGCCAACACGGUGCUGGAGCGUGUGGAGGGCGCCCAGCAGCGCUGGAAGCUGCAGGUGCAGGAGCAGCGCAAGACAGUCUUCGACCGACACAAGAUGCUCAGCUAGAGGGUCGGGUUGGAGCCGGGCCCACCCGAGACACCUGGAACCAGGCCCGCCUGGGACGCACACAGAGCCAU